AUGAACCUCAACUUCACCUCGCCCGUGCAUCCCGUCUCCGCGCCCAGGCCCACCUCCUUCUUCAUCGAGGAUAUUCUGCUGCACAAGCCCAAACCCUUGCGGGAGGUGCCCCCCGAGCACUUCCCCGGCUCCUUGGCCUCCCGCGUCCCCCUCUUGGACUAUGGGUACCCCCUGAUGCCAACCCCGACCCUCCUGGCGCCUCACCCGCACCCUGCCCUGCACAAGCCGGAGCAUCACCACCACCCUUACUUUCUCACCACCUCGGGUAAGUGCAGCCCUUCGCAGGAGGAACCCUCCGACUUGGUGGCCAGGUGGCGUCGAGGUGGGGACACGGGUGGGGACGAAAGUCCGCAGCUCCGGAGGGGACACGCUCCAGCAGUGAAAACCUGGUUCCAGAACCGGCGGAUGAAGCACAAAAAGCAGCUGCGGAAAACCCAGGACGACCCCAAGCACCCGGGCGGCGAGGAGAGCCGGGAGCAGAGCUCCCCCGAGCCCGAGCUGCCCGAGGCGGCCGGCGCCGAGCCCCGCAAGGGUCCCCCCGGCCCCCCCAUCCUUGGGUAG